CAGGCUACUACUUGUACAGUGGAAGAAGAUGUGGACCAGGAAGUGGGUUUGGUAGUUUGUCCGGAAGAAACUAUGGAGAUGGGCCAUAGGGACAGAGGGAUAUAUUUGGGGAAGACAGUUUCAGAGCCGUGGAAGACGAUUGAAGAAAAGGUGACCUUCGGUGGUCGAUUAAGGAAGGGAAUGUUUCAGUUUGAGUUGGUGUGAGUGGCAUGGAUAUUCUGAACUUCUUCUUGGGAGACCAUUCGGUGGUUGCGCUAUUCUGUACCGGAA